AUGGCCGGCAUGCGCCCCUCAGUGUCCCCAGAACUCCCACUGCACUAUGUCUAUCAGAAGGAGGAGGUUCCUGCUGACCUGCUUCGUGAUCAGGAGAGGAACUCUGGUCUGCACCAGAAGGAUCCAGACCAUCUACAGAUUAAAGAGGAACAGGAGGAACUCCGCACCAGUCUGGACCAGGAGGACCCAGAGCUUCCACAGAUGAAAGAGGACCCAGAGCCUCCGCAGGUGAAAGAGGAACAAGAGGAACUCUGCAUCAGUCUGUACCAGGAAGACCCAGAGCCUCCACAGAUGAACGAGGAACAGCCAUACGUUUGUGACACGUGCGGAAAAAGAUUUUCUGACACAUCAAAACACAAAAGGCACAAUGCAAUCCACAUAGAGGAAAAGCCAUAUUCUUGUGGAACAUGUGGGAAAAGUUUCUGUCGUCAGGAUAAGUUGGUGCUUCACAUGAGAACUCACACAGGUGAGAAGCCGUACUCUUGUAAAACCUGCAGAAAAAGUUUCAGUAAAGGAAGUAGUUUGAAAGUCCACAUGAGAACUCAUACAGGUGAGAAGCCGUAUGUUUGCAACACAUGCGGAAAAAGAUUUUCUGACCCAUCAGCAUAUAAAAGGCACACAGCAAUCCACAAAGAGGAAAAGCCAUAUUCUUGUGGAAUAUGUGGGAAAAGUUUCUGUCGUCAGGAUAACUUGGUGCUUCACAUGAGAAUUCACACAGGUGAGAAGCCAUACGUUUGUGACACAUGUGGAAAAAGAUUUUCUAACACAUCAAAACAUAAACGACACACAUUAAUCCACAAAAGGGAAACAGUCAUUCCUGUAAAACCUGCGGAAAAAAAUUCAGUCAAGAAGGUACUUUGAAAGUCCACAUGAGAACUGACACAGGUGAAAAGUCAUCAUCCUGAAACAUCUGUCAAAAAAAAUAAUUUAACCAGGUUAAAAGUUUUCAAGCUGCAUCAGAGUGUGCUUCAGCAAUAAUUGUGAUGUAAUAUGCCAGCAGUCCUUGAUGAUUAGACUGGGGACCUGUACUACGAAGCAGGAUUUGGGGUUAGCGAAGUAACUUCAGGCCAUUUGUCAUGAAUUUAAUCUGUCAUCUGUUUGUUCCUCAUCAGUGAUUUAUUUCUUGAUGCAUUAUUGGAAAUGCUAAACUUGUUUUAAACUCCAUAUUGAUUGUAAAUAAACUUUAAACAACUGUCUGCA